GUGGUUUUUGCCUGCUGUAGUCUUGAGUUUUCUAAAUCGUCUUUGCCUGCCUGCCUGCAUCAGGAAACCUUCUCGAGAUGUUCUGCUCCAGGAGAGUCCUGCAGCAGUGGUGCUUCGCUCUGUUCCUGCUCUGCUCUCCGGUGCCGCACUACGGCCGGCCCAUCGAUGCCCUCAGCAACAGAAUAAAGCGCUCUGUGACUCACGCCCAGCUGAUGCACGACAAAGGCCGGACGCUGCAGGACUUUAAGCGCCGCAUGUGGCUCCAGGAGCUUCUGGACGAAGUCCACACGGCGGAGAUCCGGGACCUGCCGGCCCAGAGCGCCGCGGUUGGUGGCGGAGGAGGAAGCAGCGGCGCCGGCACGGGCGUCGGGCUGCCGGCCGGCGGCAUCAACCUGAGCACCACCGGCAGCACCUUGCACUCCAAACCGCCCGGCGGCACCAAGAACCUCCCGGUCAGCUUCCGGCCGGAGGAAGAGGAGGGAACCAACCUGCCGCAGGAGACCAACAAGUCUCAGACGUACAAGGACGGCGCGCUGAAGGCGCCGGGGAAGAAGAAGAAGAAAGGGCGGGCCGGGAAGCGGCGCGAGGGCGAGAAGAGGAAGAGGAGGGCGCGCUCGCUGGCGUGGCGGCUGGACGACGAAGCCGGGAGCGGACUCCGACUGGAGUGGAGGUCUCUGCUCGGCCUGCGGAGGGCGCUGCUGUACUAACGCUGUCAGUCUCUGACAAAGAAACCUUCGGACAGUCGGAGUGGACUCCUAAACGCUCACGUUGCACUCUUCUGUAACCGUGAUUGUUUGGACAGAAAGUGGAAAAUAUUUAUUGUCUGUAAAUAUUCUAAAUAUAGCAGAAUAGAUAGCACAAUAUGAUAAUAAAAAAAAACUUAUUUGAUG